CUCCUCCUCCUUGGCUCCUUCUUCCUCCCCCCACCCACAGGAAUAGCGCCCCUAAUCCGAGCAGGAAGGAACCCCGCGCCGCUGCCGCUGCCGACGACGACGCCGCCCCCGUUGACCGCCCGGCAGAGCGAUAUGCUCCACGGCGUCAGGUUCCUGCGCUCCGCCGCCGCCGCCCUCGCCCGCCUCGCGCACGCGAUCCUCGGCAGCGCCGGCGGCUGGGCGCUCCUCCUCCGGUUCAUGCCCCUCUGCCCCGGCCCGACGUCGGUCGCGACCACCACGGCAACGGCGGUCCCCGCGCCCUCCUGGCACCACCAGCAGCAGCCCGGGAGGGCGGCGCCCAGCAGCAAGAAGCAGGUGCACCCCGCGGCGCUGGCCGUCGACGAAAUCAAGCCGGCCGGCUGUGGCAAGGACCAGCAGCUGACCACACCGGCGGCGCUCGUUCUUCCGGCGCUCAAUAGUAAGCAGGAGCAGCAGCAGCAAGGGGAGAAGACGGCCAAGGCGGCGCGGGGAAGACCGCCCAGGCUGACCAUACCGCCGCCGGUGGCCUGCGCUCCCGGCGUCGACCCGUUCGGCGCGGCGGCGGACAGGGAGACGGACGUGGCGACGGAGCUGGAGGUGCAGGGCGAGGGGUUCUGCCUGGCGAGCAGGAGAGGGGUCAGGCACGCCAUGGAGGAUGGCUAUGGGGUCAUCGCUCAUCACAUCACUCAAGGAGGCUCCCAAUUGGCCUUCUACGGUGUGUACGACGGGCACGGCGGGCGCGCGGCCGUGGACUUCGUCGCCGACAAGCUCGGCAAGAACGUCGUCGCCGCACUCGCCGCCGCCUCCACGGCGGCGGGCCGGCAAGCAGAGUCAGGACUGCCAUCGCCGCCGCCGACGGGUGAAGAGGAAGAUGAGAGUGAGACGGAGCAGGUCGUGGCGGCGAUCAGAGCGGCCUACCUGACCACUGACAGCGAGUUCUUGAGCCAGCAGGGCGUACGCGGCGGCGCAUGCGCGGCGACGGCGCUGGUGAAGGACGGCGACCUCUACGUCGCCAACGUGGGCGACUGCCGCGCCGUCCUCGGCAGCCGCGGCGGCGUCGCCACCGCGCUGACGAGCGACCACACCGCCGCCCGCGAGGACGAGAGGCGCCGCAUCGAGAGCUCGGGCGGGUACGUGAGCUGCGGCAGCGGCGGCGUGUGGCGCGUGCAGGACUGCCUGGCCGUGUCGCGCGCGUUCGGCGACGCGUCCAUGAAGCCCUGGGUCACCUGCGAGCCCGAGGUGUCGCGCCGCCGCCUCACCCCGGACUGCCAAUUCCUCGUCGUCGCGUCCGACGGCCUCUGGAACAAGGUGUCCUGCCAGGAGGCCGUCUCCGCCGCCGCCGCCGCCGCCGCGGCGCCGUCGUCCUCCGCCGCCGUGGGGCCGUGCAAGGAGCUGGUCGCCCUGGCCAGGACCAGGGGCAGCCGGGACGACAUCACCGUCAUGGUCGUCGAUCUGCAGCGAUUCCUGCAGUUAUAGUACAAGAUUCGUGAUCAGAUCUUCGUUUUAUUUGUCUCUUUCGUGUCAAGGUUUUUUCUUCACUUCCAUAUCUAUUUUGAUUUUUUUACUGUAAAUGGUUUUUCAAGAGAUUGUAUUAUUGUACGUAGUAUGAUACUACAUAUAUAUAGGAACUGCCUUCCGAAGAGAGAAAAUGAAUUGAACUCGUCGGAAAGUGCAGAAUAGAUUAGCGUGACGUGUAAAAUAAAAUUGAUGAGCUUUUUUUUACCCGCCAAAUUAAAAGAAAAGUACCAUUUCCCAUC